CAGAAAUCACUUGAUUCAUUUCAGCUGCACAGCAGGCAUCGUUUUUAAGUUAGAUUAGCUACUCUGUUGGUGGCUUUUUUUGGUGGAACAAGAAAGAAGCCACAUCUAAUUUGUCCUUAUGGACCAUUUUGCUGCAAAAUUUUAAAUGACAAAACACCAAUUUCAGUUUGUUUUCAUUCUGAAAUGGGACUCUAGCAACAAAUCUCAAAACUUGACUUGGAUGAACUGAAGCUUGUUUGUCAGAAUGUGUUACUUGGACAAAUAUUUAGGGCAAGAACCAAGCCUCUAGGGUGCUAAGAAGUUCAUGCUAGUAAAGUGAGGGUCAGCUUUCAUGAUUUAAGCACAUUCAACACCAUGCAUUCUCUGAAGAAUCAGCUGGGCUUUUCUGAGGAAAAGAAACACUACACUGAAACUCAGAUCAUGAACCAGAAUGCUAGUUCUACUUCACAAAGAAAACCUAGCAGUCACCGAUUCUCCAGUCUAAGCAAGUGGGAACUGAAACAGGAGGAAGGCAAUUGUCAAGAAAAACCCAUAAUUGCUCAACCAAUAUUUGUGUUUGAGGAAAGAAAACAAGCUUUCAAGAGACCAGCAGAAGAUCCUCUUUGUAAAGCGGAAUGUGAAUUUAACUAUUCAAGAAAGCGAGGAAGACCACCAUCUCUUAGUUUCCAAACUGUUGAUUCCACAUCCUACAGAGAUCCUUUGAAGCAGUCUCUACGGUGUCACUUUCUAAGACCUGCCAUUUUGCAGCCACCAGCAACUCAGACACAUGAGGAAAGGAGAGAAAUGUAUGGAGACAAUGCAUUAGGAUUGCACAAGGUUAAAGAAACAGUGAAGAGUCAAUUUCCUGAAGGGGGUUCCUGUUUGCUGAGAGAAAAUUCAGUGAGAUCUGAAAGCUUAUCCAAAUCCUCCAUAUGCAGGCACAUUUUAAAUCCUACUCCAAAAGGCAGGCAAUUGGAUGAAGAUAAAACAUCCUUUAAGAGCAUCACUUCUGAUUUUGUAUUUGGGGAAAAUAUGGUAGAAAGAGUUUUGAGUUACCAAAAAUGCCAGAAGCCUCCUAAUGAAAAGGAUUCUUAUCACUGGGGAAAGCCAAGCAAAUCCACAGGGCCUUUACUCAUCAGGUCUCCAUGUCCAAGAACGAGCACUAUCAAGAACACAACGCUCAGUGAAUCGGCAGCUGCUUAUGAUUCAAAACCAAUACCGCAAUAUUUCCUUGAAAAAGUCAAUGUUAUAACAGGGGAGGAAGCCGAACAUAACGUGCUCCAGAUCAACUGCAAGAUCUUUAUAUUUAAUAAAACAACACAGUCCUGGAUUGAAAAGGGCAGAGGGACAUUGAGACUCAACGACACAGCGAGCAACAAACUGGGAACCCUUCAGUCCAGACUCGUUAUGCGGAAUCAAGGCAAUCUGAGACUGAUCCUUAACACCAAACUCUGGGCCCAAAUGGAGUUGCAAAGAGCAAACAGCAAAAGUCUUCGAAUCACUGCUACGGAUUUAGAAGACUCCUUCAUCAGAGUAUUUUUAGUUCAGGCACGUGCUAAAGACGCAGGGUGCCUGUAUGCAGCGAUCCAUCACCGGCUUGUUGCACUCCGAAGCUUGGAUAAGCAGGAAUCAAAUGUGAAUCAAGUUGAAACCGAACCCAAACCAGUCUUCCAACUUCUAAGUUGUGACAGUUGUGAUGAGGACGAUGACGACGGAACUCAGAUCACCAGAUCUAAUCCCUCCAAGUGGGCUCAUAGGCAGUCAGUUGCCUGUUCGUAACCUCUAUCAGCCAGUUACUACUAAAAGAAGAUUGGUCAUCUUUUAUAAACCUUAAACCGCCUUCAUGGAUCUUCAAGUGAGUUUAAACCAUUCCAAGGUUUUUAAGGCAAAAGUUAGUUUUCAAGAGAAUAUAUAGCUCUCAUACACAGGUGUAGGAUUUGGAAUUCUCUAAGAUUUCUUAUUUCCAGAAAUCACUUUCCUUCUCUUUUGCAUUUGGAUUGUUGUUGAAACAGUUUCUCAGAUUUAAGAUUUUCAUGUGGACUGCAAACAUGUAGAAUUCCUUGUUUCUGGAGAUAUUCAUUGAGAAGAAGAUUUUAUGACUAAUUGGGAAUUAUUCAUCAUAUUGAUGCACGGUACUCUGAACUAUGGCUGACUAAAUGUGCCAAAUUUCCGACUAAAAGACUUUUUUUUUUUAGUAAUGCUAUGUAUUACAGCAUUGGAUUAUGAGAUAUGUUUUUAAAGUCUUUAAAUAUAGCUUCUUUGAUAAAAGGGUGUCAUAAAUGUUCCAUAGUAGCCUUCAAAAAUGAGCCAUAUUUACCUUGGCUCUGAGUUCCUAAAAUGCUCAUCUACACAUAUUAUGUAUUUUAAAGAAAAAUUGAUGUGUAACAAAAAUUAAAAUGAUUCAUGGUUCAA